AUGAACCAAGGCGUAUCAACGUAUUCUGGACGAAGCAUACCUAAAGGAUCUGGCAUGUUCAAGAUUAUGAAUGAUGGAAAGGUGAUCUUGACGGCUUCUAACAAGGAGAGGAGACUGAUCAAAAGAUGCAUCAAUCCAAGAGAUGUCAAGUGGACCAUCCCUAGCAGGGAGUUCCUUGGAAAAGAGGCUCAGUAUGUAGUCGAGAAGAUGAAUGUGCAGAAGACCAAGAUUGUUCGUGGGUUCAAGAACAUUGGCGCAAGCUUGAUGCAGAAGUUUAUGGCAGGUGGUAAGCCAUCUGAGAAAUAA